AUGGCUUUUGCUAGUAAGUUAGUACUUGUUUCAUUACUGUUGGUUGUGUUCCUCAUGAUCAAUAUCAAACCGUCACUGAGUCAAAGCACACAGCAACUGAUCGAGAAGAUAUGCCGGUCCACAGAGGACUAUGGGUUUUGCAGGAGAACUUUCCAAGCACACUUGAAGUCCCCAAAUGCCAAUAUUGUUGACCUAACCCAGAUAACCCUAGAGGUGGCAACAGACCACGCAACUAAAACUCACGAGUUUAUCAGGCAGACGCUUGAAACAACAAGAGACCCGGCGUUGAAGAACGCUCUUACCGAGUGUGAGAAUGCUUAUGGUCUAAUCAUGCAUGCAUUUGACUUGGCGGUGGUGUCGUUUUUCUUCGGCGACUACAAAAAUAUUGAGAAGGAGGAGCGCAUCACACCGCGAACAGAAGCGAGCUGCGAAGCAACACUCUACACGCCGCCAAAUAAGCAGAAGCACAUUUUGGACGAAGGAAGCAGGGAAAUGAGGAUUUUCAUUGGCAUGUCGCUGGUUUCAGCGCAGGAACUCGUUCGAUCAAGGCUUAAGCCUGCACCUGCUCCUGCCCCUGCUCCGCUGUUCGUAACACCACCAUCCAAGGCAUCCGUUUUUCAUUAA